UCAGAUCUACGUCUUGUCUUCAUUUGUAUUUUCCUCCCUCAUCGAGUUUUGGUGGUCCCUUGUACUACUGAUUCAGUUAGUGAGUCGGUGAGCAUCUCGUGUGUGUGGUUUUUGAGUGGUCUUGGAGUCUACACUUUGUAACACUAAUAUUUUGGAAGACCCAGACCAUGAUGGUUUCCAUAUUUCUUUUCUCAAUAUGUGUCAUUUCCGUGAGUGCCUACCAUCACAAGGGUCACAAUCGGCACAAUUUUACAACUGCAAACUUGGCAAACUGCGUAGAAGCUGGCCAUCAGCGUAUCAUCUAUGUUGAUCAGAUUCUAGGUCUGUGGAAGGUGGUAGAAGUGAUUGAGCACAGUGAGAGAUACACAGAUCGUCGCAACUACCUCCGUACGGUGGCUGGAUCCGAGUCUUGUCCUAGGGUUCACUUUGCGCAAAAGGAUGACGAAUUAAGAACGGUCCGAAUGUUGUGGAAUGAAGAAGGAGGCUACAUUCAGUUUGAGUUCCGAAUGACAAACAUUAACAAUCCAGGAUUCUGGCUGUCCAAUGAAUGGCAAACUGGGACAUUGGUGGACAGCAGUUACAACCACUUCUCUGGCACAGUGCAAGUGAUGAAGGCUGUCCAGUCACAUCUGGUGUUGACAUUCUGCUCUCCACAGGAGAAGCACUUCAGCGUCAUCCUGGCACGGAACUAUCUCAGUCAAGAAGAGAUCCGUGGAGUUCACAAACAGCUGAGUAGAAUCAACCUGCCUCUGGUCAACAUCCAGAGCUAUUGCAACUCUGGAGUUCUGAAUGUAUCGUCUCUUACGAUCAUAGUGUUGGCAAUAUCUAUAUCCUGUAGACAAUGGAUGGCUUAAGUGAGAUUGUUAUUCUUGGGAAUGUCUUUGAAGGAUGCUUACUCAUUGACUUUUAACAGUGAUGAUAAACAUUUGGAUUAAAAAGUUUUGUGUUGGAAAGGUUGUAUAGUGUAUGAAAUGAUUUUAGUUAGCAUAUAAAUAUUUUUGUCCAUGAUUAUUGUAAAAUACUAAGUAAUAUUUAGACCUAUUACCAUAAUUGAAUGGUGUAAAACAAGAAGUUAUUUUUUUUACCAUAAUGGCUUCUUUAGCAUAGUAACAAAUAUUUAGCCUUAAAGGGUUAUGUAAAUAUUAAAUGUAUC